UUGUCCCUGCUGCUGCCUUCCCAAGCUGCUCCUGCCUGCGCCGCAAGAGCGGAGCCGCCGCCCGCCCCGCCCCGCCGGCAACGAUGGAGGCAAGACCAGAUCUUGGGCCUGGACUGCUCAUGCCGCCGGCGACCCCCGACAAUGGCCGGCGGCCGCCGUUCGAUUCCUCCACGGAUGGCCCCUCCUCUUGCUCUGCUGCGGUCGCCCCCGCGUCGGCUGAUUUGGGGGUGUUUGAUAAGCACGGCUUCAUCUACCUCAGGCCCCCCAUUGGGGAACAGCCUCGAUCUGUACCCGGCGCCACUGAUGGCUGCGCAGCCACCGCGCAGACCUCCGAUUCCUCCGACGAGAUUGCGCCGCCAGGGGCUGGUUCCGCCACUGGCGCUGCCACUCCUAUCCUCAUCCCCACCCCGGAGAAAGAGGAGAGCACCCAUUGGAGGCCAAGAAAGAAGUCCACCAAGGGGGUGCCUCGGCUGAAGGUGAUGAAGGAUAAACACCCCAAGCCCGCGCGCACCACGCCGGCCAAGCCUCACAAGACGCCGGCGAAAACAAAGGACGGCGGCGCUGGAUCUGUUGGAGAUGGCACUGAUGAUAAGCUAUCGAAGCGCAAGUUAGACUUCGAUCUGGAAGUCAUUACGGGGAGUUUCGGCAGGGCCAAGCUGAUGGCCAAUCUGAGGCUCCUUGCAGAGGUUAACAAUAUUUCAAGUGGAACCAAGACGAAGAAAAAGAAAGCAAGUGGUGACUGGGCUGUCGUUCCUUACCAGAAUGCUGCUCCGACUGAUGCAUCAUGCUCUGCUUUGGUCCCAUUUGGGGGUUUGGGUCCCCAUGGAAAUCACUCGAAUCAAGUGCGGCCCAAGGUGCUAGGCCUCGAUGUUGAGACAUUGCGAGUGUGUGGCGUUCUGACCAAGUGGGAAGAGAUUGACAGUGAAAGUUUCGAAGGGGUUGAUAUCGGCAGCGGGCCUGGAUGGGCUAAAACUCGGCGGGAUUAUAAAAAGCUUGUGGAUUCGUUUAUUGCGACCAUAAAGGAUUUAUUCGGUCCCAGAGAAUAUUCUCGAUGGGGAGGAUCCGUAAUUGAUUCUGUGGUUGGUACUUUCCUGACACAAAAUGUUGCUGACCAUUUAUCAAGCAAUGCUUUUAUGAUCCUGGCAGCAAAAUUUCCUAUGAAUAAGAGGAAGGGUAAUGCUGAAGAAUGUUCAUAUGUACCUCCGUCAACAGUUGACAUCAAAGAAAACUUGAAUUUGACUAAAGCACCUGAUGCUGGUGAUUCUACCAAUUCAGUUUUUACCAAUCCCAUUGAUUGCGAGGAAGUUGGUUAUGGUGAGGAGGUAAAAGGAAACUAUGGUCAAGACUACAAUACAAUUAUGGAGAAGUUCCUAGCUAUUAUAAAAGAGAAAGACAUCUCUACUUGGGAGAAGGAUGAUCUUUUGAACUUAGUCAAGGAUAAAUCUGGAAAACCAAUAUGCACUGAAAACACCUUAAGAAAGUUCAUAGCCACGCUGCGGGUGGAAGAUACUGCUCACUGGGAUAAGUUACGGGAUGAAGCAUAUAGAAAAGGAUAUGAUAACGGAAGCAAAACUAGAAUAACUGACAAAGUAAACUGGGAAGCUGUACAGCAGGCCUCAUUUGUUGACGUUGCAAAGUGCAUUGCAGGCAGGGGACAACAUUACCUUCUGGCAUUGCGGAUACAGGCAUUUCUCACGCGCAUAAAGAAAGAUCAUGGAAGCUUUGACCUGGAUUGGCUUAGAUGUCUACCACGAGAAAGCGCAAAAAAAUACCUACUCAGCAUAAAUGGACUUGGAGCUAAAAGUGUCGACUGCAUACGUCUUUUGUCACUGGAGCAUAAAGCAUUCCCAGUUGAUGUCAACGUAGCUCGCAUAGUCACAAGGCUACAAUGGGUUGAACUGCAAUGCUGUUCUGAGGAGUUUCAUUCGGUUGACCUAUAUCCACUCAUGCAGGAUGUGCAGAGUUACUUAUGGCCUCGACUAUGUACUAUUGACAAAGAAAAAUUGUAUGAACUACACUGUCUCAUGAUAACUUUUGGAAAGGUAAUUUGCACAAAAGUAGAUCCAAAUUGCAAUGCCUGCCCAUUCCGUGGGGACUGCAGGUACUACAAAAGUAAACUUACCAGACCAUUACUUCCUCCUGCAGAGGAGCAUGCGCGUGGUGGUGAAGAGAAAACAAGUAUGGUUACUUCUGCAAGACUGUUGUCAAGUGGUAGCUGCAUGCCAAGUCCGCAAGUGUGUCAUCAUCAAAUCGAAGAAAGCAGGAGUGCUGGCAGACAACCCUCCCGUAGCUGUGAGCCCAUUAUUGAGGUGCCACCAAGUCCCGAAUAUGAAUAUGAAGCACUUGAUGAGCAAGAAUAUCCCAAUGAAGAUGAUCUUGUUGAUAUUGAAGAUAUUAUGUCAGGAGUACACUACGACAUUGAAAUAAAUCUGUGUUCAAACAAGCCUAUGGUGAGUAAUUGCUCUUGGACACCAAAUCGUGGAAAAGAUUUGGUGUUGAGCAAUUCACAACAUACAAGCAGAAAAUUGAAACACAUAGGGCGUCUUAGGACAGAGCACCUUGCGUUUGUGCUCCCAGACGAUCAUUUAUACUUGGAUGAGUUUGAAAAACGAGUUCCAGAAGAUCCAUCUCCUUAUCUCCUGGUUCGUCAUGGCAAUAAAGGCACAAUUCUUAUACCCUGUCGAACAGCAUCCAGAGGAAACUUUCCGUUGAACGGUACCUACUUUCAGGAUCAUGAGGUCUUUGCAGAUGACUCGUCUAGCCGUCUUCCAAUAGAUAUCGAUGAACUUUUUCUUGAGGGACUGGAGAAGUGCAUUGUAUAUUUUGGCUCAUCAAUACACUCUAUUACUAAAGGUCAAACAAGACAAGACAUUGAAGACUGCUACAAGAAAGGAUAUGUGUGCAUAAGAGGAUUUGACCGGCGGACGAGAUCCCCGAGGCGACUAUGUGCCGCAUUACAUUCCAUCAAUGAAAAGAAAGAGGACAGCAGCAAACAGAAGGAAGGCGCGGGGCUGGGGAAGAGUAACGAGCAGAAGGCGCCUUCGACAAAUUAGAUUAGAUGUUACUCCCUCCGUCCCAAAAUUCUUGUCUUAGAUUUGUCUAAAUACGGAUGUAUCAAGUCGGAGUAACUGACACCGAUGGUAGCUGGGGCGAAGCUAAUGUGGUUAGUGUAGUUGUCUGCUUGUCUUUAGUAUAGGGCUAGUUAGAAAUGUAGCUAGAUGGAAGGGUUAGAGCGAUUGCAGAUGUAGAUCAUGAUUUGUAUUUUUAUUAGGAAGAGUAAAUAAUGGUGAGCCCUUGCCAGUCAUAUAUUAUCUGUUUUCUCUGCCUUUGUAUCUCCUUCCUUCAUACUGCAAAACAAAUCGAAGUUGUUGAAGCCGUUUAUCUUCA